AUGAUUCGACAAUGUGCGGAGUGGCCUGAAGGAGAACCUAACUCUAGUGUUCAACAUACCUUUGAACUACCAAUCGAUUCCGAACUACUCUUUUUAGUCGCUCGGGGUCCUUCUAUAAACGGCAACAUCAAUAUCACCCAAUCUGAUGAGGAGGGCGACUCCGCUGUUGUCUCCAUCCGCACACAUUACGAUGACGAGACACUACUUGAUUCGAUCAAGCUCUGUGAUGUAGUCACUAGGGAAGGAGGAAAUGGAGUUGGGUUACUUUCCUCGCACCCUCAUCCUCAUCGCCAUAUGCACAAUAUCUAUUUCGACAUUAACGUGGCCUUUCCCAAGCACUCAGAAAAAUUUCCUCUCGUAGUAUCGGAUUUCAGGACGGAAAUGCACGGUAUCUUUGGACACCAAGUCGCAAACUUAUCGGAGGCAAUCGUCUUCAACUCCGUCUCUUUGACUGGAGCUUAUAAGCCUGUAAAAGUCAAUUCCUUGCAAGCCCACUCCGUUCGCAUAGAAUCACCACACAGUCCCAUCGAAGGCAACUUCACUGUCAGAAAGUCGCUAAGGUUGUCUACCGCCAAUGCUCGUAUUAAUAUCACCGCCAAUCUGCUGAACGAUGAAACCGAUGAAGAUAUGACUGAGCUUAUAAUGAACACUGCUAAUUCUCCCAUAGAAGCUUCCGUUUCCCUGUUUUCCGUCGAUGCCGGGGAAAUUACCUCAUCGGGUGGAGCAUUCCGUGUUCGUGCUCGCAAUGCUAACUCUCCAGUCAAAGUCGCCUUCCCUACUGCACCCAUAAAUUCUACUGUUGUGCUCGACGCAAAGACCGCAGUCGCACCCUUAGAUGUUCAGAUGCAUGGCACAUUUGAAGGCGCUUUCACUGUUCAUACAACUCCAUUUGAUAAGAGGGUCGUCGUCGCCGAAGAGGGACUAGAUCCUGAAGGGAAAGGCAGAAAGAGGAACUUGAUUUUUGACCGUUAUACUGGAGGAAUCUCCGAAGGAACAGUGUUCUGGGGCCAGGGAGAACCUGGAAAGCAAAGAGGUUCAGUAAGGUUGGAUACGGUGUCUGGUCAAGUUUCAUUGAAGUUUUAA